AAGUCGAAAACAAGAAACAGCUGACGACAGUUUAAUACUUUUCAUGUUAAUCUAUUUGUGGCUAGUUGUUCGUUAAAAGUUGCUAAGAACAGUCUUAAAAUGGUGAAAGUUUGGUAUAUGGAUACUGAGGAAACCGAUCAACGCUUGGAGCACCAUCGCAAUCCCCCAACUUAUUUGGAACUGGAUGAUCUUUACAAGAAGACCGGCGUGGAAUACUUUAAAAUCAACGCGGACGAAUACCAGAGCGAUAACACUCUUACGGAACUAAGGGCACAACGUGGUUACACUUAUGAUGAUGAGAUCACCUGCUCGGAAAAGUGUCUCCCAGAUUAUGCUAACAAGUUAAAGGCUUUUUUCACCGAACACCUUCAUACGGAUGAGGAAAUACGCCUAGUUUUGGAUGGAUCCGGUUACUUUGAUGUCCGCGACAACGAGGAGAACUGGCUGCGUAUUCUGGUUGUGAAAGGAGAUCUGAUUAUAAUACCUGCUGGCAUCUACCAUCGCUUUACUUUAGAUUCCAAUAACUUUAUUAGAGCUCGUCGCUAUUUUGUUGGCGAGCCCGUUUGGACACCGCACAAUCGUCCCGCCGAUGAUAUGGAUUGCCGAAAAUCCUACAUCAAACAUCAGUCGGAAAACUUUGUUCAAUUGAACAAGGUUUGAAGAAUAUAUGUACCUAUAUUUUAAAACAAAGUUUGAUAUUUGUAAAUACAAAAAAAAUCCCAAUGUUCUGCUGACAUAUAUUAAA